AACCGAAAAGAUGGAUGCCGAGCGGUGUUUAUAAAAAGAAGAAGAAGAAGAAGAAGUAGACGCACAAUUAGAAGAACGAAAUGUUUGCGGAAAUGGUGUCGUUGUUUGCGUGUUUACAUGUAAAGCUAAUAACUGUACCAGUUCAUACAUAAAACGCGUAACCGCUCGCAGACUGAGAGGAUGACUAGCGUUGGUUUUUGAGCGAGCAUCCGCGAUGUUUUUCGGUCAGUAAAAGUUGCACGGAUCAGAGUUCGCGGGUAAUAAAUCAGGAGAGUCAUGGCCAUCGCGCACGCCGCCACGGAGUUCGUCUUCACCGACUUCGUGCUCAAGGAGCCCGCCUCAGAAAACCGGUAUAAAGGCAUCCGGUUAGAUCUGGCGCUGGAUAAGAUGGUGACCUGCGUGGCGGUGGGUCUGCCUCUGCUGCUCAUCUCUCUCGCCUUCGCUCAGGAGGUGUCUGUCGGUACACAGAUAAGUUGUUUCUCCCCUACAAAGUUUUCAUGGCGUCAGGCUGCUUAUGUGGAUUCGUACUGCUGGGCGGCAGUGCAGACACAGGACACCGGAGGCCUGCCGCUGUGGCUGCAUAAGUUUUUCCCUUACAUGCUGUUGCUGGUGGCCGUGUGUGUGUACAUGCCUACGCUGUACUGGCGCUUCACAGGAGCUCCUGUGCUUUCCUCUGACCUGACCUUUAUAAUGGAGGAACUGGACCGUUCCUAUAACAGAGCCAUCAAACUGUCUAAAUGCCUUUACACGGCAGGAAAACGGGACACAGAGUCGGCUCGCAUGGGCUCACACAGCUCUGUGAUAGAGAUUACCGAGAGCUGCUUUAAAUAUCCUCUGGUGGAACAGUACCUGAAGACCAAGCGCUACUCUCGAGGAUUACUGAUCCGAUACCUCGUCUGCCGCUUCGUCACUUUCUUGGCCCUCAUGCUAGCAUGCGUCUACCUUUGCUAUUACAUCCGUCUGUCCAUCACAGAUGAGUUUCAAUGCGACAUCCGCACCGGAGCGCUCAUCAACGACUCCUCUGUACCUCCGGCCAUGCAGUGCAAGCUAGUAGCCGUGGGCAUCUUUCAGCUCCUGAGCUACAUCAACCUCUGCGUGUACUUGCUGCUGUUGCCACUGUGCAUGUACGCCAUGUUGGUUCCGUUCAGAAGGACCGUGGGGUUCUUGAAUCCUUACGAGAUGUUACCCACAGUAGGGGUAUUGCAGUUUGGGGAGGUGACCUGGGACGAUCAAGCGCUGUAUCUGCUGUUUCUGGAGGAGAACCUCAGUGAGCUGAAGAGUUAUAAGUGCCUUAAGGUCUUGGAGUUGAUAAAAGAGGGAGGAGAUGGCUCUUUUGACACCAUGGAGCUGUUGCGGACGCUUGGACAGGUUAAAACAGAUGUGCUGGACGGCAAACUGCCCGAAAAGAACCAGAAAAACCCCAGCGCCAACAAUGGUGACACCGAAAUGAAAGAGAUUUCUCCACUGCUGCUGGAUGGCGCUUCGAGAAAUCAUGAAGAUGAGAAGGUUGUGCGCCAGAGGGUCAUCUGAACUGCCAUUUAAUGUAUAUAGUGACUGUCUGCGUCACACCGGGUCUCUGAACAUCUGGAACAGAUACAACAAUGCAUUUUGGGGGGAACCGUGAAGGUCUCGUCCUUUAAGAUCCACUAACUGUUUCAGCGCUUCAUGUAGGUGAGGUUGGGGUAUUUACUGUUUUAAAUGACCUUCAUUUUCCACAUUUAGUUUUAUAGUACCGUUCGUAGUAAUAUUGUCACAAUGUGCCAGGCUUGAACAGUUAUUUUGUGAAAGCAAUCUCUACACUUGACUUGCUAAAACUGACAUUUCGGUACAUGCUUACGUUGUCACCCACCCAGACAAAAGCUGCCUGUGAGAAUUUGCUCAUUCUCUCAUUCUGAAAUAAUGGGAGAAUUGUAAUAAACUGAAUGAAAAUUUUAAUGUUUGGAGCUUGAAAGGUAUGAAUGUGACUAGGGGGAAUACAAAGAGAAAAAUGGGACAAUGGAUCAUUUCUGCCCAAAUUGAUAGUCGAAUUGUUUACCUUUCUGUAUCCAUGGUCUUUUUAAUACUUAUGUGAAUCAUGUUUUGUCUCUCUUUCUCUGGAAAUAAUUUUUUUUUUUUUUUUUUUUUCACCAGUUGUGGAAUUCUUUCCUCAAGUACAGUUGCUGUCAGUUUUCAUACAUCAUACCAAAAAUCUUGUUAAAAAAACCUCAUAUUUAUAAAUAUUUGAAUGGAAUUAAAAUAUAUGUUUUUUGUCUUGUUUGAUGUGAUGCAGAACAAAGAUGUGCACCAACGCUA